CUGGAGGAAACGCGGUGACGCAUCACGUGAUCUGUUCCUCCACAAUCCAGUAUGGCGGAAUCUGUCCGCGGGUGAAUCCUUUCGUUCGGACGGAAAUUAAAGUACGUCGCUUUGGCGCGUAGUGAAGAAACGGCUGCCCGUGGAGGAGACAAGGGAGUGAAGAGAGCAGGAGUGUUGGUUGGACUGGAUUUAGCCCAUCAGGGGGCGUUAUGAGCGCCUGAGAGCUCUGUCUCUCCACACCAGUCUCUCUUGUCCAGUGGGAUAAGCAACCAGUGGAUGGUGUUGCCCCCGAAGGCAUCUGGGGAGCAGUGAGGUCCUCUUCACACCCUCAUCUGCCAGGACACACUUCCUUCUAAACCUCUGCGUCUUCCUUUCCUGUUUCAACACACCCACGCGCACACGCACACACACACACCCACGCACACACACACAGAACAGCAGCGGAAAUGAGUUCUCACAGUCACCCAGAUAGCCUUCCCAGUAAAGAGCAGUCUCUGGAGCUUCUUAAGCCAUCUGGACUCAACCACAUUCCCUCUGUUGAUGUGAGUGCGGUGUUGCCCGUUCCCGUUCCCCCUGCUGCCAUCCCGAUGGAUCUGCGUGUGGAUCAGCAGCACUUGCCCGUGUCUGGGGAGCAGCAGCUGCAGCAGGAGCUCCUGGCACUCAAACAGAAGCAGCAGAUCCAGAGGCAGCUGCUCAUCGCCGAGUUCCAGCGGCAGCACGAGCAGCUCUCCCGCCAGCACGAAGUCCAGCUGCAGGAGCACAUUAAGCAUCAGCAGGAGCUGUUGGCUAUGAAGCAUCAGCAGGAGCUGCUGGAGCACCAGAGGAAGUUGGAGCAGCAUCGUCGUGAGCAGGAGCUGGAGAAACAGCAGCGUGAGCAGAAACUGCAGCUGCUCAAAAACAAGGAGCGUGGCCAGGAGAGUGCGGUGGCGAGCACGGAGGUGAAGAUGCGUCUUCAGGAGUUUGUGCUGAAUAAGAAGAAAGCCCUGGCCCAGAGAAGCCUCAACCACUGCAUGCCCAAUGACCCACGUUACUCUUACUGGAAAACCCAGCACAGUUCACUGGAUCAGAGUUCUCCUCCUCAGACAGGGAUGUCCACUUACAACCACCCAGUGCUGGGACUCUACGAUUCCAAAAACGACUUUCCACUCCGCAAGACAGCGUCAGAGCCGAAUCUGAAACUGCGCUCCAGGCUGAAGCAGAAGGUGACGGAGCGACGGAGCAGUCCGCUGCUGCGGAGGAGGGACGGCCCCGUAACUACAGCCAAGAAACGCUCUCUGGACGUGACAGAAUCAGCUUGUAACAGUGCACCAGGCUCUGGGCCGAGUUCACCCAACAACAGCUCCAACAACAUCACUAAUGAGAACGGCAUCACCAGCUCAAUCUCCAACAGCCCAGUGGAGCCUUCCCUGGCACAUCGUCUUGCCAGCAGAGAGGGUCCUGUUAGCCAGCUGUCUCUGUACACAUCCCCCUCCCUCCCAAAUAUCACUCUGGGCUUGCCAGCCACCGGCUCCACCACUGUGGCAUCUGGUCAGCAGGAGGGUGAGCGGCUGGCGAUAGCAGGCCUGCAGCCCGGAUUACCCAUAACCACUCCGUUCAUCACUGGAGCCCACCUUCCCCCAUAUCUGGCUGCCUCUGCCUUGGAGCGAGAGGGAGGCUCCGCCCACAACCCUCUGCUGCAGCACAUGGCCAUGCUGGAGCAGUCACAGAAUCCCCUGGUUUCAGGUCUGAGCAGUCUGCCUUUGCAAUCACCCUCCAUCCACAAGCUGCGUCCUCACCGGCCAUUGGGUCGAACCCAGUCAGCGCCGCUGCCUCAGAACACACAGGCCCUGCAGCAGCUUGUGGUCCAGCAGCAGCACCAGCAGUUCCUGGUCAAACAGAAACAGCACUUCCAGCAGCAGCAACUGCACAUCAGCAAGAUUAUGGCCACUAAACCAAACGAGCCAGGCAGGCAGCACGAGAGUCACCCGGAGGAGACGGAGGAGGAGCUGAGGGAGCACCAGGCCCUGAACGACCCGGCUGAAGGCCUGCUGCAUGGAGUCACCAUCAAACAGGAGCCUCCUGAUCAGCUGGAGGAAGAGCUGCAGCAGCGAGAAAGACAGGCAGAGCACGAGCUGAUCUUCAGACAGCAGGCUCUCCUUUUGGAACAGCAGAGGAUCCAUCAACUAAGAAACUACCAGGCAUCGAUGGAGGCCGCUGGCCUGUCCGUCACUUUACCAGGGCACCGUCCCCUGUCCAGAGCUCAGUCCUCUCCUGCCUCUGCAACGUUCCCGAUUGUAGUGCAGGAGCCUCCGUCUAAGCCACGCUUCACCACCGGGCUGGUGUAUGAUACUCUAAUGCAGAAGCACCAGUGUAUGUGUGGCAACACUAACACCCACCCAGAGCAUGCUGGCCGAAUCCAGAGUAUCUGGUCCAGACUGCAGGAGACCGGACUGCGCAGCAAGUGUGAGUGCAUCCGGGGCAGGAAGGCCACACUAGAGGAACUGCAGACGGUCCACUCUGAGGCUCAUGUGCUGCUCUACGGGACCAACCCACUGAGACAGAAAUUAGACAGCUCUGUGACACCCAUGUUUGUGAGGUUGCCCUGUGGGGGCAUUGGGGUGGACAGUGACACUAUCUGGAACGAGGUACACUCGUCAAGCGCGGCUCGUCUGGCCGUCGGCUCAGUGGUGGAACUGGUGUUUAAAGUGGCGUCCGGAGAACUGAAGAACGGUUUCGCUGUGGUGCGGCCUCCAGGACACCACGCCGAGGAGAGCACCCCCAUGGGAUUCUGUUAUUUCAACUCGGUUGCCAUCGCAGCCAAACUCCUCCAGCAGCGACUGAAUGUCAGCAAGAUUUUGAUAGUGGACUGGGAUGUUCACCAUGGCAACGGCACCCAGCAGGCCUUCUACAGUGACCCCAAUGUGCUGUAUCUGUCUCUGCAUCGCUAUGACGACGGGAACUUCUUUCCUGGCAGCGGCGCUCCUGAUGAGGUGGGCUCAGGGCCUGGUGUGGGCUUCAACGUAAACAUGGCCUUCACAGGCGGUCUGGAGCCUCCCAUGGGAGAUGUGGAAUAUCUGACUGCCUUCAGAACGAUAGUGAUGCCUAUUGCUAAUGAGUUUGCGCCUGAUGUGGUCCUGGUUUCAUCAGGGUUUGAUGCUGUGGAGGGCCACCCGUCACCACUGGGGGGAUACAAACUCACAGCCAAAUGUUUUGGCUACCUGACCAAGCAGCUGAUGGGCCUUGCCGGCGGCCGCCUGGUGCUCGCCCUCGAGGGGGGUCACGACCUCACUGCCAUCUGCGAUGCGUCUGAAGCAUGUGUUUCUGCUUUGCUAGGAAACGAGUUGGAACCACUACCUGAGAAGGUUCUUCAACAAAGGCCAAAUCUCAAUGCUGUGCGCUCCAUGGAGAAAGUUGUGGAAGCCCAUAGUAAGCACUGGCGCUGUCUGCAGCGUAGUGUUUCAACGCUGGGCUACUCCCUGAUUGAAGCUCAGAAGUGUGAGACAGAGGAGGCUGAGACUGUAACCGCCAUGGCCUCAUUGUCGGUAGCCACCAAGAACAUGGGGAAAAGGUCCGAAGAGGAGCCAAUGGAGGAAGAACCACCACUGUAGAUGACAGGUGACCAACUUGACUGGGUGACCUCCUUGGCUCACAGCCUCUCACUGGUGUGUGACCUCACUCUACUCUCUCCAUAUGUUUCAUUUUGGCCACUCCAGGCUCCAUGGCACCGCCGCCUCCGAGUGCCUUUUCAGCACAGAAAGCAAAACAGACCGAAGACAUCUCCAAAAAAAAAAAAUCCAAGCACACCAGUGUGGAAAACCUCUGCAGUUUUAGUCUGUCUCUGACUAGAGCAGGGUGUGUCCAGGCCUCCCUUCUGCUCUGUCCACACAGAUGCCUGCUUUCAAACAGGACGUGGACUUGCGUCUCACUGCUAGAAGCGAGAGCUGGUGCUUUCAGACAAACUCUUCUUUUCAUGGCCACUAACGUCCGCAUGGUUUUAACUGUGGACAUUGUCAUGGCUGUGUCUUCGUCUGGUUUUAUUUCUUGUCUCUUUUGGUUUUUUUUAUUUGGUUUGUCUUUUCUUGAGGAGGGAAAAGUGACUGGUGCUGUUUCAUUCCGAAUUGGGAAAUUUUUUGAAAGUUACUUCUGGAUGCUUUGUGAGAUGAUUUGAGAGGAGAGGCCGGAGACAUGGGCAAGGGUGGAAGAGAGGUAGAAAAUGUAGAGGAUGUGUGGAAGAAGGCUGACGAAGCAGCUUGUCUGAAACCCCUCUAACACACACACACGAGAGACACUGAGAGCUUGUGCCUUUUUUACAGAGCUGGUGGAUUUAAUGAUGAUUUGAGAAGAACAUUGCCUUAAACUAGUUCCAUAAGGGGAAGGCCAUCGGGUCCUUCCGCCCCCUCCUCCAUUUUUUUUCCAGGAGCGGAAUGGCUGGAGGCCCGAAGGACAGAAAGCCCUUUGCAUGUUUACCAGGAAUGUCCUGCAGACUUGUGCGUGUCUCACACACAUUAUCAUCAUUUUAUUGGCAAUUUAUUUUCCUCUGCAUUUUUUCAAUACUUGCUUUGGACUUAACUUUUAAAUAACUAAGAAGGUAGUUGCCAGCCAUAUCCAGGCAAACAUUGUUGGAGUAGUUUUCAAUUGAUUUCUUUACUUUUCAGAGCAAGUGCAGCCCAAUGUAGCUACUUGUUCGAAUCCUAUGACCAAAUCUAUACAUCCAUCUCCGUUAACUCGCAUGCACUGUUACUGAACACCAUUCCCAGUAGACCAGUAGAGGAACGCAAACUAAAAGCAUGAGAUCUAACCAGUACUUCAGUGCCACUAACUGCAGGUGUACAUGAUAGGACUGUUAACACGUUUAUCUUCUUCUACAACUUUGUGGUUUAUGAGAAAAGUUGAAUGAUUGAACUAUUUAUAUUUUUCAUGUAUUUCUCACAGCAGACAUUAGACUUUUUAUAGUAAUGAAUGUCACAGUGUUCAUAUUCAGAUUCAAUUAACAGUGCUAGCUAAUCACCGAUAAUAACCUUCUGUCCACAUGGCCACUUUUCAUUGGCAUCUUUCAAAUAUGAGCAUAAGGGCUGGAAAACUAUUUUAAAAAUAUACCGUCGAGCCUUCGGAUGUUAGAGCAGACAGAUUCGGUGCUGGUGCCCAGAGUGAUGUUUCCUGCAUUCCUAGCAGCACGGCCACUGACAUCCCUGCAGAUUUCACCACAGGCAGGUGCAACUGUCUGAGUAUGUGUGUGUGUAUGUGUUUGUGUGUGCGUGUGCGUGUUACACAAUCCAGGAAGUAAUCAGACCACCAGCCUUCACCCUGUUAAUGAUGCUAAAACCAUAGAGAUGGCUGUGACACUCCUCGCAUGAGUCUCUGAGCUGAGUGCAUACUGUAGGUAUGGAGCACCUGCAUGGCAGCAUAUGUAUGCAUUUUAAUGAUCCAUUUACCUGUGUGUGUGUAUAUAUACAUAUAUACAAGCAUGCUUUCUGACAACUCCAUUCACUUUGACACUGAACACGUCACACUGUGGACUGAUGUAGAUGGGCUACAAUUUGUUUGAAAACCCCAACUUAUGUUCAGCCUCAUGGCAACUACCUUUGUCAUUGUAUGAACUUACAAUUCAAUUUUUUUUUAUAUAUAUAUAUAUUCUCAUAUGAAAGAUGGGAGAAGGGCAUAUUAACGAAGGAGACAUGACUUACAGUCACAAUUGUUCUUAAUGUCUUAUUGGUAUACCGCAUGACUACUCCAUUCUGCCAGUUUUGUCUGUUUAUUCUUUUUUCUUGUCAUCUCAAAUAUUUUUAUACUUAUUUUAUUUGUUUUUGUUCGUUGUUUUAUUUUUAGUUUUUGAUUAUUGUUCCCCUGUUACACUCUGUACAGUUGACAAUGCUGUUUUACAUGCUUAACGAUCGUAGUUCUUCUCUUAGAGAGCAGCCUUUUACACACAUGCUGGGGUUCUGGUUUUCUGGUUUUGGGAGGGUGAAAUUGAGAUUUUUACUUUGUAUAAUGAUUCCAACAAUUGUGUAUUUACUAUAUGUUCUGUUUAUAGUAGAUUUAUAUAUAUAUAUAUGAAAAAAUGAUCUAUAGAUAUAUAUUAUAACAAAAAAUUACAAUCAUGUUUGAAAAAAAAUUGGAAGUGCAAGGUGAUAUGCUCAUAUGAUAUCUGCUCAGUGUACACUCUCUUCUCUCCUCCUGGCUGCUGUUGGUUUAACACCGCAAUGGUUCUACAUUUACAAUCUUAUGGCACUUCAUAAUGCAGCGACUUUUAGCGCAUAAUAUCUACUGAAAACACAAGCUACAGUCUUGCUCAGUGAAUGUUCUGGCAAGUUUGUUAGUUUAGACCAAAUGAAAUUUACUUCUCUUUUUGAUGCAUCCAAAUUCUCUGUGCAGUUGAUUGUGUAUUAUUACGCAGCUGCUUGACUUAAAAGCACUUGAAGUAAGAUUUACUUAUUGUUGUACUGUGGCAUGAUCACUAACAAAAAAAAAAAAAACAACGCUGCAGUGUUUCUUAAUUUGUCACGGCCCAGUAAUUUUACUGAAUGAUCCCCACUAAAAAUGUCCAUGAUGGAGAGUUUCGCAGAAGCUUUAAUCAGUGUUUUUAAUGAAGUAGCGGUCCUGACGGCUCACUUGACCAGAACUUACACAUCGUUCUGCAACAACAGUCUGAACUAUAGCAGCCAUUUUCUUUCUUCUGUUGUCUUUUUUUUCCCACCCCAAACUAAAUUUUUGUAUACCUGUUUUUAUUUUUAAUUUUUUUUUUUUACCCA